AUGAUGCGGUCUGAUUUCAAACAAAUCGAUGCUUCAACAACAUGGCGAGAGCACAUGUUGGGCGAAUUGGACUCUUGGAGGUCUCAACUACGGCUGCUGAGCGAUAUUGCCUCCAAAAGCUACACGAGUGAUCGAUGGGUUGGGAUGGCUUACAACUACACAAUCCUCCUAUUGCACCAGCCAACCAAAGAAAACGUCUAUACUGGCUUUGGGGAUCGAUCAGUCCCAGCCUGUGUUCAGAUUGCUAUGACAUUCAGGACUUUCCAGAAAGAUCGACAGACAGCACAACUAUGGCCUGGGCUCCUGAGCCAAGUAGCAGUGGGUAUUACCCUUCUAUACUGCUUUUGGGCAACUCCACCUCAAUAUCAAACUGUAGCAUACCGAUCACGAGAGGUCCCCGGCGCAUUACGCGCCUGCUCGACUGCGCUGGCCAUUCUCGCUGAGCGAUGGGUUCAGGCUGAACCUUUGCGCGAUGUUUUCGAUGUUCUAGCCAAGGAAGUUCCGCUCCACGGAACGGCCGAGGAAGACCUGCCACCGAGGCGCAUCUCAGCGGAGUCUGCUUCCUACAUCCAGGCCCAGAUGCCUUUGCUCACAUCAAUCAUCAUACAUCGGGGUGUCUUGCGCAUGAUACGCGAGAUGGCCACGGAGGACUUUCCUAGGAGUCUAGAUGAGGAGUUCCACCACCGACUGCCGGCAUCGCAUGACCGAACUAUGCUUGGGAGUUUGGGUAGUCACAUGUGCUCCGACGAGUGUCCGUUUUUCCAUGAACCAACUCAUCCUGGAUCAAAGGCUGGCGUAGGUACCCAGACCUUUUCUCCGCUUGAGAACGAGAUUGGCAGUGCUUAUGGGGUUGACGACGAGACGCUCAUGUAUCCACUCUUCUUUGGCUCGGCAGAAUUCUGA